UUUACGCUUGGAAUGUGAAGAGCGACUCUUCAAUCCUACCAAAGUCGUGAAAAGGAUGAACAGUUGGAAUCAUUUGAAGCCCCUGAAAAUAUGUUCUGAAUGAAACCCUAGUCUUCGACGGAUAUUCAUACGGUAAGCCAUUGAUAAAUAGGCAAAGGAAUAAGAAACUGAGUUGUGAAAAUGUUGAAAGGAAGGAGAGUUGGGGGAAGGGGAGAUACUGUAGCUGCUCAGUAUGCUUUCGGACCACUCGAGGAUGAUAUAAUAAUCAAGCACCGGCUUCUAACCCGGACAACAACGACAAGAGGCGAACCACCUUUGAAGAAACUUCAGAAGAAGUUUACAGCAUUUACAGUGGAACUAGAGAAAGAGGCUGAUAAUUACAGUGACUGCGAAAGGCUCGCCAAAGCAUUCUUGCAGGAGCUGAAUACUUUCGAAAUUCCAUUGCUUAAGAGUAAAGCUGUUAUAGAUGCAAAUAUUAGAGAGAAGGAGAACUUCAACGAGCUGAAGGAUGAUAUAAGCAAGCAAAUUAUACAGGCGCAGAACGAUAUAGAGGACCUGAAGAAACAGCUGGAAGAGAGCAAAAUUGAGAGGCAGCACAAAGAGGAGUGUGAAGCUAUUAGGAAAUUGAUUGCUAUGCAGCCGCCCAGAUCGGAGACGCAGAAAGCCAUCACGGAGCUGGAGAAAGAAAUCGCAAUGUUGGAAGCGGAAAAUACUGCUGGAUCGAGAACACUGGAGCUUCGCAAAAAGCAAUUUUCGCUUCUUUUGCAUGUGGUUGACGAGCUACAGAACACCAUCGAGGAAGAGCAGAAGAGUUUGAUGGAGGAAAUGAGAGCAGCAACAGACGAAAAUAGAACUGGGAUAGAGGAUGCAACUGGAGUCCCUGAAGCCAUGGUUCUUGAUUAGAAGUUAAAUAGCAUCCCAUUCGCAGAUACUUUUCUAGUUGCAGUUUCAAGAACAAAAGAGAGCCCUCCUCUUGUGACUCUCCUCUUUGCUGCCUUUUAGCCGUCAAGGGUGGACAUUUAUAAGUGUUGCUUCGUGUGUCUUUGCGCGAAGUCGGUAACGUUUCUUUUCUUUCUCCCCGAGAAUCUGUUGUCCAGCUUAGUUCAUGCUUAUCCAUCCCCCUAGCAAAUGACAUCUCAUUACACAGAGUGUUCUGAAAUUCAAUUGACUAUCAGACAGACCAUUUAUGAGAUUUAAAUCAAGAACUGAUACACUUAGCCUGUGCAUUUCAGUUGUGUUCAUGCCCCUCUUUUAUUUAUUUAUUUUCUCUUGGGGUUGUACCAUUUAAUGAAUUCAGCCUCUCAAAUGCAUGUAGUUUCUCUCA